GUUCUGCUCCGCACACAAAGCUAUAUAUAAUAUCCCGAAUCUGAUAAUUGGCCGUCUCUCUCGAACUCAAAUAUUAAUAUUCUCAAAUCAAUGGGUGGAGGUUGGAGUUACGCACGAAUGGGAGGUCGUUUUACUACUAAUAGACCGCAGAGGAUGGCAACCGAUGAAGAAAUCAGGGAAAUGGUAGAGUCUGCCUACGAGCGGGGUGGCCGUUUUGCUAAAGAGGUUCCUAUCAUGGCCAUUUUUUAUGCCGGCGCUAAACCAGAUCCAGGUGCUUGCCAGCGUAUGACCAGUUUUAUAAAGACUCGUGGGGCCAAUUAUUACAUAAGUGAUGAGAACAGAGAGAUUGAGAAAUUUUUGGUAAGUAGGUUUUGUGCUUUAAAGAAGGGAGAUAAAGUAGAGGACAGUCUUUGAAGUUUUAAAUUCAAAUCAAAUGUCAGUAUAAUGUAACUGGAGUUUUCUUAUUGUUUUGGAUUAUAUUUGGAGUGUUAUUUUAUCUUCUUUUAACUUUUGAAUCAAAUUUGAUGUAAUUGGGAGUGUUCUUGUACUUUCGGUUCGGCUUAUGAACUUUUGAAAGUCACUCGGUAUCUAGUCUGGCAAUACUAAUAUUUCAUUGUCAAAUA